CUCCCAAAUCCCCUUUCCUCUUCAGCCCCUCCCGCACCCAGUAGAGGUGGCGCCUCCCUGCUGCCCUCGCCGGCGCCUCCCUGCAGCCCCCCUCUCCCUCUAACCCCUCUCCAGCACUCACCCCGCAGCCUCUACGCUCGCCGAUCUCCUCCCUGGGCGCGUGGCUGGGCAGCCCGGCGCCCGUCGAUUCCGCCCGCGGGCGCGUGGCUGGGCCGCCCGACGCCUCAGCUCCGGCGCCAACCGUCCCGAAGCCGCAGCUCGGGCGCUAAACGGCCCUGCUCUGCCUCGUCCUGCCUCCCUGCUGCUCGCCUGCCCGGGGCUCCCGCUGCCUCCAUUGGUGCGCGCUGCAGCCUGCAGGAACCCUAACCUCCUCAGCCGCCCUCUGCUUGGCAGUGCACAGAUCAGCUCGACCGCCUCCCCUGCAACCUUGACCUCAGCAAGAUUUGGUGCUCUUUUGUGGCUGAAUUUGUUCACUGCAGCAAAAUUAGCCCACCGUCUUUCAGUGGCGGGCGACGGCAUGUCAUCCCCCGGAUCCUCGGACGACCCCAGAUCUCAAGUAAGCUCGCUGUACAAGCGUCAUUCAUUUCAGAGUGAUGUUCUUGGUGCGCUACAAGUUCAGAAGAUCCAUAAUGUUUGGAUUUUUGAUGAGAAGAGUUUGAUUGUUCGAGGAGAUUUGUCUUACUCCAUGGCAUUAUACAAGAUCUUCGACCAGAUACUGCUUCUUGUGGCAGAUAACAAGAACCGAGGAAUGACUCGACUGACAGUAGAUGUGGACCAGAACAAGGGCAGAAUCAAGUUUACUUGUACUGGAACAAAUAUCCCUAUGGGGCCCGAGGCAAUGUUGCAAUUUACCGAGUAUAGUCCGACAAUGGAGUUCAACGGAGUGUUUGCCAAUGUUCUCUCAAAUAGGUUUACGGUCAGCACCACAAAUGGAAAACAAUUGCUCAAGCAGACAUACAGAAAACGCAUGUUGAAGGUACAACCGCAAGUAACUAAAAACCGCAUAGUUCCUGAGGAAUCAACACAUCUGGAGGAGUGGACAAGCGUGUCUUUUAUACCUGAUCUUGCAAUGUUCAGGAUGACGAAGCUGGAAGGUGAUAUUAUCUGUAUGAUGCGAAAAAGAGUCAUUGAGAUGACCUGCACCAUUGGAAAAAGCAUCGAUGUGUGCUUCAAUGAUGAAUUGAUACCAGAGAUGACAUUUCUCAAGUUUGUCGAGCACUACAUUGGCGCUGGUGCGGAAGCAGAAGAGAAACAUCCAAGGGUGUAUGAGAGUUGGUGAAUGGGAGAUUUGUCUGACCCUUAGUGAUGGCGAGUUCAACCAAGUUAGCUUCACGAACGGACAUUCAACUUUGGGUGGAAGCCAUGUGGACUGCGUAGCAGACCAGGUUAUAGCAUAUGUCAUGAGGAACAUUGAGGAAAGUGGCAAGCAGAGAGAAAUCACGCAUGAAAAUGUCAAGAGCUGGCUGUGGUUAUUUCUCAAUGUGACAGAUGAAAAUGCUACAUUUGACUUACCCUGCAAAGAAACUGUGACAAACAGCAAAGUGUUUACUUGCAAGCUAUCAGAUGAGUUCCUUCAAAAAUUUAUUGAGUUUGGAAUCAUCAAUAUACUAUGUCCCAUGGGUGAUCCGACCAUCGAAUCAGAUUUAUCUGAUUCAGAUGUAACUGGAAUUCCGAAAUUGGAUGAUGUGAAGUUUGCUGGUGGUACAAAAGCUAGGAAGUGCACCUUGAUUCUUACCGAAGGAGAUUCAGCAAAGUUACUUGUGAUGAAUGCCCUGGGUACUAUUGGACGGGAUUACUAUGGCGUGUAUCCAUUGAAUGGAAAAAUCAUGAAUGUGAAUGGACGUACACCAGCCCAAGUAUGGGAAAGCUCUAAAGUUCAAACUAUAAUGCGGAUAAUGGGUCUGAAAUUUGAACGCAAGUACAGUGUUGUUGAUGGCUUGCGGUAUGGCCGUAUAAUGAUUAUGAUGGAUCAGGACGUUGACGGUUCUCACAUCAAAGGCUUAAUCAUCAAUUUAUUCCUUGAAUGUUGGCCUUCUUUGCUCAAAGUUGAAGGGUUUUUACAGCAGUUUAUCACUCCAAUCAUCAGACUUUCCCAUAAUAGUGAAAGUAUUUUGUUCUACUCAAUGAUCGAGUAUAAACUGUGGAAUGAGAGGCACGAAGGAGAGGCUGGUAACUGGACAGUGAAAUAUUAUAAGGGUUUAGGAACAAGCACCACUGCUGACGCUGCUAAGUAUUUUCGACACAUGCGCAAACACACACGAAACUUCAUUUGGCGUGGUGUGGAAGACAGUACUAGUAUAAAGUUAGCAUUUGAUAGGAAGUCAGCAGCCUUAAGAAAAGAAUGGAUGAAAAUUGGGUUCGAGUUUCAGUAUCACAUGGAUUACACUCAAGAAUGCAUUAGUUAUAGUGACUUCAUAAAUAAUGAGAUGCGGCUGUACUCUAUAGCAAAUCUUGAGCGGUCAACACCAUCGGUGAUGGAUGGCUUUAAGCCUGUCCAAAGGAAGAUUAUGCAUUCCUGCUUGAAGAGAACCUUAAAAGAAGUUAAGGUCACAGAACUUGUUGGAUAUGUGUUACAAGCUAUGUUUUUAAGGCGGUAAGGCGAGGCGAGGCGCUGGGGGGGGGGGGGGCGCCUAAGCGCUAAAGCGUAAGGCGAGGCGACGCCUUAGACACGUGCAUAUAUAAUAUAUGGCAGCCAAUUAGGAGAUUUAACAACUAGCAUUAACUUAAUAAAUUGUACAUACAUAUAUAAUAGAUGGCAACCAAUUAGGAGAUUUAACAACUAACGUUAACAUAUAAACUGUUACCAAAGCAUAGGCCUCAAAUCAUCAUGUGUAUAUGACAGAACGGCGCCUUUGAAGUUCAGCUUCAUCCUCCUCAUCAAUAUAUCGCUCCAUAGCUUUAAACUUUCUAGUGUUUAAGGAAUUGUGCAUCUCUAUCCUAAUCUCCAUGGAUGCCUCGGGACACUUAUCCGCAUCACUGGAACCCCCAGAAAAGUGUUGCUUUAGCCUUCUCACUCCACCAUGGACUAUCUUGCCACACAAUGUACACUGGAGUAAAUCUUUCCUCUCUAAAUCUGGCCAGAACCCAUACUUCCAGGCUGGAUCAUCUGAUGUAGCUCUUCUCCUAGGAUCAUUGGCUAGAUCCAUCAGAGCAGGUACACCUGGCUACUGUCAAA